UCCCGGCUCCGCUCAGCCAUUAUCUGGGGAGCGGAUGCCGGGGCUCUGUGGGACUGCUAAUGGGCCGGUGCCAUUCCAGCGGGAUGACGCCACUUAGGAUUUGUAGAUGUGCCCUGAUGCCGCAGGGUCUCCUCGCUCCUGGAAAUGCAGCUCUCUUCCAGUGUGGCUGAACUCAGCUGUGACGAGACGAUGGACCCACCCGCGGAGGACUUCCAGCAGGUCCUGUCCAUCGACCAAAUCCGCUCCAUCCGUGCCAGCAACAACUAUGUGGAGAGACCGGCUGUGUGCUUCCAGCAAGCCCGCUCCAACCCAUCCCUGUCCCAGCCUCCGCACAAGCAAGAGUGGUCCCAGGACCGCCUGGUGUCUUCCACCUUCCAGGACCUGCACCGCAGCCACAGCCAACAGCACCAGAUGCCACCUUUGCAACAACACAUGAGCCACUCCAGCACGGCCAGCUCCGUCUCCCAAAUCACCACGGCCUCUGACCAGCGCCUCCUGAGCAGCCUCACGCCUUCCCACUCUGGGCACUCCCUGAUCCGGACGCAGCCACGGGCCGGCGAGCUGAAAGCGGAGGAGUCUCCGCUGAAGGGGGUGGUGGCGAAGCCACCCCUGCAUCCCGGGCACCUCUUCCUCUGCGAGGAGUGCGGGCGCUGCAAGUGCGGGCGCUGCACGGCUGCCCGCAGCCUGCCCUCCUGCUGGCUCUGCAACCAGCGCUGCCUCUGCUCCCCCGAGAGCCUCCUUGACUACGGGACUUGCCUCUGCUGCGUCAAGGGUCUCUUCUACCACUGCUCCACUGACGACGAGGAUACCUGCGCCGACGACCCCUGCUCCUGCGGGCCGGGGUCCUGCUGCGCCCGCUGGGCUGCCAUGAGCUUCCUCUCCCUCCUCAUGCCCUGCCUCUGCUGCUACUUUCCUACCCUGGGGUGCCUCAAACUUUGCCAGCGGGGUUAUGAUGGCCUGAAACGACCUGGCUGCCGCUGCCAGAGCCACACCAACACGGUCUGCAGGAAGAUCUCCUCCUCCAGCGGCACGCCUUUCCCCAAGACGCUGGAUAAGCCGGUAUGACCCUCCAGGGGAGGAGAAGCAGGCUUUACUCCUCUUCCUCCUCAUCCUCCUCCUCUUCUCACCAUCCCCCUCCUCUUUCAGCUUCCCUCCGCUCUGCAGCGCUCCCCCCUACCCACCAUCACCUCCCGGAAUGAGACUGGUGAGCUGGGGGUCCUGCAGAGGGGUGGCCAGGGGAGCUGGCACCCGCCGGGGGGCAGUGGUGGUUUUGCACAUGCGGGAGAGGGACCAGGAAAGGAAAAGAGGAGGAAGACCGAGGCAGGGGGUGUCCUCAGGACUCUGCUCUCAGAGGGUUUUCAGAGCUGCCACUGCCCCAUGGUGCAGUCCUUCCCCAUGGGGGGACAAGUCAGGUCAAUGCAUCCCCUGUACAAGAGUCCUCCGGGAGCCAGACCUCUUUCUGUCUCUGGCACUUUCUUUGGGUGGCCUCUCUGCUCUUACGUGGCUUUAAAUCUGCUUUCUCCAAGGGCUGGGGUGAUGCAGGGUCCUGCCGGUGGCAGUGGCUUCCAUCUGGGCUUGGAAGCCUCUGGGAGAAGGAAGCGAGCUUCAAAAUGAAGUGGCAUCGUAUUUUUCUGUCGCAAAGAGGAAGGGAAGGUGUGGGAAGCUUUAGAAACCUUCUGGCAGGGGAAGGAGCUAUGGGAGGCAGCCCAGCCCACUCGCUUCUGCCCGACUGCAGCGAGGGAAAGGUCCCCUCUGGGAUUUGGCUGAGAACAAGAAGCCGGGUUGAAAUUGCCAUUCAUUUCUCAAUGCCUUGAAGGGCUGCCUCCAGAGCACAAACCCCGGCUGGAUGGAAGCUGCUGCCCGGCUCCAUCGGUGCCACAGGCACCGAGAGCCCUGAUCUGGUACCUUCCACCAGUGCUGAAUUCACUUUAAACAAAAUGAAGAUCACAAACACAUGUGUGCAGCCUGUGCUUGCCUUGCCGGUCCCAUUGGUUAGCACCCACCCGGGGGGGGGGACUCCUGCACCUCCUGCUAUGGGCUGGAGGGAAACAGAGGGCAAAAAGGGGGGUUGGAAGAUGAGACCCCGACCUUCCCUCCCUGCAGAAGUUGCCUUUGAGUCUUCCCCUUGCUUUCGUUGCCCCACCGGUCUGUCACACCAACACCAGUGUGAUGCUGGUGGGCAAACGCUGCGGGCACUGCUGAGGGUGUUCCUGUGGCAAAGCAGAGAUGGGUCUGAACCAAGCCCUGGGGCUGGGCCAUCUGCAGACCAGGAGGAAACCUGACUCAGGGUCAGUGCUUCAUGCUUUGCUUGCUGUGAGAAUAAGAAGCCCAACCUGUUGCUGCAGUUAUGGGGAGCUCUUCCUGGCCCCGGACUCAGCCCCAUCGCCGCUUGGAAACGCACAGUGCCAGCUCUCAGGGGUAACCCUGCUGCCAUCAGCCCAUCAGCCAGGGGAGCUGCAGCUGGGAGGACGUCCCAGUGCUCAGCUCUUCCUGCUGGUCCCUCCUCCAAGGCGUGUGAGAGCAGAGGGAAGCAAACGGAUCCCCUGGAGAAAUAUAUGCAACAUGUCCCCUGGCUUUCUCCAAGUCCCUGCCACCCAGGGCUCGUCCGUUGCCUUCCCUCAGCCACCUCUUUACGUAGAGUUCUGUGGAUCUAUUUUUGUAUAUAGAAAUAUAACGUUAGGAUGGGUAGGUCUAUUACUAAUAAUAUUCAUGAUACUGCUGUGAACGGUGCCAGAUGCAACGGUUGGCUUCCCGGUACACUUGCACAUGCUGGAAGAUGAUUUCCUAGUCUGGUUCUUGCUAAUCCUAGACCUUUGGUUCCCAGGUAGAUGGGACAGGGGGAAAGGGAGGUUUACAGCUUGUCCUGGCGGGGUCUGCUUUGCAGGGAGAGGGUAGGAUUUAGUGCUGGCUCUGGGGUGAGGCAGGAGGUAGGCUCUCAUCAUGGGAUUCCUCUUCCCAUACAUUUGCUGUCUAAAAAUCGUGGCUGAUCCAAGCUCCCUCCGUUGCAGAGAAAAGCAGAUUCAGAGAGUGAUUCAUCCCCCUUGAAAACAUUAUUCAUUAAAUGAUGUUCUGGUGGUGCCUGUCUCCUUCGACUCAAAUAGGACCCAAAUACUGGAAGUCCAGGUUCCCUGUGGAAGGGGAGAUGAAUCCCAGCCCUGGUGUGAGGUUUGUGCCUGGGGCAUGUUGGGGACGUGACUGAAAUCCUCACCGUCAUUGCACCUAGAGCCCAAGGGGGGAUGUUGAAAGAUGCUUCCUUUGGUCAAAGAUGGAGAGACUGCUGCCACAAGCUGUGGGAAAUUCAGGAUGGUACUCUGGGUUGUAGUGAGGAUCUCCUGGCAUGAAGAACAGAGAUGGCCACAUCUGUGUGGUUUCUAUGUCCUCUGAGGCCAGCCCUGAACUCUGCAAUCAGCUGGGUUUUAGGGCAAUGAUCUUCUCAGAGGAUGCCCUGUAGGUGCGUCACCCCCGUAAGCUCAGUCCAUGUCCCUGUGGCAGCACUUAUAUAUUGCAAUCACAUUUAUCCAUAUGCCAAUAAUCGCUUGGCUCCUCACUUCCAAGUGAUGCCUGGGGGAGAGACUUCCACCAAGAGGCACCCUCCCUCCUGAGCGCUCAGUUCCCUUCUCUACUGGUGCUGAUUCAACUCCUUCUUCCUAAAAGUAUUAAACCUUUUUGUUUUUAGGGAAAAAAGGUUCCUUUUUCACUGAGGAUUUGAGGAAUGGUCUCACUCCAAUGAGAAUGUGAAAUAGUUCAUUGAAACUUUUGGACGAAAACUAAUGAACAGAAUUUUCCAACUUGCUCUACUUUGAUAUAUGGUGGGGUUUUUUUUUUCCUCCUCCUUUUUAAAUGGAUCCUACUUGUAAAUUUAGUUACCACCUCUGUAUCUCUGCAAUUCAUUGCUUCCUCUCCUGAUGGUGGAAUGACUCAACAUGUGAAGCUUCAUCAUUUUCACGGCCUCCAAAGUCAUGCAGGCACGGGGUGACCUCCCCCAGGUGCUGGAGCUGUUGGAUGAGGAGAUGGGUGUCCACGCACCCGCUCCCCAGAGCUUUGCCCAGCCAAGCCCUGUGCUGCUCCUGCAGCUCAUUCACCUUCAGGCCAGGACUCCUGCAGUAGCCUUCUACCUAAUGGGCUUUUCCUGGGCCAGUGCAGGAGCCCCAGUUCUCCCCAGGGAUGGUGCCAUAGCAGGGUGCAGGGCUGAGGGGUCUGGCCACAUCUCUCCGAUGUUUCAUCUCCAAGAAAUGAAAAACCUGUGAGAUACAUGUUAUGAAAUAGGGGGCAUGUAGAAGGGGAAUUGGAGAGGAGGAGAGCCCCAGAUGAGUGCUGUCAGACCAGCGCAGGGCUUUGGUUUGGCUGUGUUGAGCUCAAAAUGCAAAGCCACAUCUAGGACUUGUGGUUGCAUGGGCUGGAGAGGUUUAGGGCUGUUGGCCUCUACCCUGCUCACAGGGGCAGGUGGCUUCACGUGGGGUUACUGCUUCCCACUCCAUCUGGAGGGGUCUCAUCCAGCUCCCAUUCCUUGCUCUCAGCAGAAAGGGCAAGUCAGGAUCUGCCAGAAGCAAUCCAAGGAGGCCAGCUCUGGUUCACAGGACUCAUGUGGUGUCAGGAACGCUGUGGGUAGCCUCUGAUCAUAGUUUUUUUCCCGAGCUUUUCCUAACAUCUCCAGAGCACUCCCUCCCCAUCUCCAGCUGCCAGAGUUUGGUUUCCCUGCAGAGAGGGCUCCAGAUCUGGUUGGGGCUGUGAGCCCCUUUCCUGCCCCACCCUGCAGUGAGUCAGAUCACAUCUGCUCUAGCUGUUUGUUUGCAGCUGCCUGUCCCGGCAGUUUGGGUCUGUCUCUGUCCUGACGUGUCUUUCUUGGUUUUCUUUUGAGAGAGUCGUGUGUCGAGUCCUCCCUUUUCCAUGGGAGCUGGCAGGGAUGGAUCCGCUCCGCCAGGGAACGGCUGCUGUGUUCUGUGUCUCUGCUGGUUGUGGGCUCCUUUGCUGGGAAACAUGCGGGGAUGUAGGGAGGAUUUAGGUGGGGAAAGGGAGGCUCAGGUGCCAAAGGAGCAGGAGGCAGGAGGUGCUGAGCAAGACCUGUGCUCCCCCCGCUCUGCUCCCUGUGCAGGAGCCUCCUUUUCCUACCCAGACCUCCAAAGCUCCAUCCACACAAGAGGUCCUGCUGGUGCUUACUUUCUCCGAGGCUUCCCUUGGUCUCGCUUCCCUCCUUCCCUGCUGGCCCCUGUACUGGUGAUGAGGGGUCACUGGGGACCAAGGUGGAGUCUCCCUCCCACUGCAGCUCCUCAACCCUCCUAGUAGAAGGGCAGAAAUGGUCCUUGGGCUGCUGUCCACCCAUCCCUGAGAAACAUCGGUGCCGGCCAAGUACCUCAAAAAAUAGGGGAGGAAGCUCUUUGGGACUCUACUCUCAGAUUCCCGUAAAAUGCCAUUGAGUUCGCUCUUCCACAUCCCCAUGUGUGAACCCCACACUGAUGGGCAAGUGUCAUUGACCAAAAGAUGCCAAAGCACAGGAUAACCAUUUAGGCAUGGCUGCUUGAGUGCAAUAGAGAGGCGAGUGGAGGGGUGACAGGAGUUUGCACGACUGGGCUGCAAAGGGGAGGAGCACACUGUGCCCCCAGCUUGCUGUCUGCAGCACCCACUUUGCUAGUUUGCUCUCUGUCUCUGGCCCUUGGGUGGAGGAAACUGGGAGGUCUUCAGGUAUUGGAAGGUUUAACUUCUUGUGAUCAGCAUGUGAGGCAAGUAGAUGAGGGAUAGACCCCCCACCCCAACACCCGUUCUUGGCAGGAGGGUCAUGGAUGGAUGGAUGGAUGGAUGCAUGGAUGGGAAGAGAUCACGCGCCUCAUGGGGCAGGGUGAAUGUGCGAGUACCAGGUGAGGGGGAGCAGUGCCAGGCCUCUCGCUGGGUCUCUGUCCUACUGCAGCUUCCUGCAGCACCGCAAAGGGCUCUAGCUCGAGCAGGACCAAACCCCCCCUGGUGCGCUGGCCUGGGCAUGGGGAGAGGAGGUUUCUCACACCCUCUGUUCCAGCCAGGAGGUGUGUGGUCAUCCCAGAGCUGGCCCAGCAGAGCCCCUUCCCCUUCCCAUCCCAUUCCCCUCUGCCCAUCAUGUCGCAGCAGCUCCCUCAGCCCUUUCUGAUGCUCUGUGGACCAGCAGCGGCCGAGCUGCCUCCUGCCUCCCCAGGUGUCCUCAGCACAAAGCUCUCCUUAGAAGACCGAUCACUCUUGGCUUCAAGGGAGAGUCUCAUACCAAGAACCGAAGCCUCUAAUCCUCCGUUGAACUGGUACAAAGGCAUUCUGUACAGUGUAUAAAGAGAUCCCUCCCUGCUGUCUUCACUUCCUUUCUAUAAGGUAUAAUAUAUGUUUAUAACCUGAUGGCUGGUUUUUGACAAUACUCUUGUACCAUUUAAGGGGAAAAAAAAGUAAUAAAAAAAAAACCAAACCCCAAACAACCCAAAGUAUUUAUUUGAAAAGUUUAUUUUAAAGAUAAGAAAAAAAAAAUAACCUAUUUAUUUUAAUGCACCCUCUUCUGUUUGGUUUUCUUCUCUCGCAAAGCUGAUAACUGUUACUGAACCACUGCUGAGAUGACAGAAGUAAUUCUAUGGGUGGCUUCACAUGCCCACUUAGAGCAACUAUUCAAUAAAAAUAUAUAUUAAUUUUGAA